AGGAAGACGCAGUGGUGGCGGCGGCGGCGCGGGCAGGCCGGCCGCGGCCGCUGAGCGAGCUGUGGGGGGCAAGCGCCGGGGGCGUCGCUGUCGCUGCCGCCAUUCUCCUCUCCACCGCCGCUGCCGCCCGCCCGCCGCCGCCGCUGCCGCCAUUUUGUGAGAGUGCCUCGAGCGGGCGCCAUGUUUGUAAGGAAGAAUUAGGGCAGCCAUCUCCGGCCACCAGCACCUCCCUUACCCCGUGUGUGUGUCCUCUCGUUCUCCUGUGCCCCGGGCCUGCUCCUCCGAGCCGCCGCUGCUGCCGCCUUCUCCGCCUCCUGCCCGCGCAGGGCGGCCGGGCUCAGCCUGUGCAGCCUCGCCCUGCACUGAGUGCCCGUUAGUGUCUUACUAAGUAACCGUGAGUGAAACCUUCAUCAUCUCUCCUCACUGAGGGACCCGACCCUCCUCCUCACCGAGCCGCCCCCAGAGCGGCUGUGCGCGCCGCCGCCGCCGCCGCCACCUCCUCCUCCUCCCUCCGCACCACGGGCAGCGGCAGUGUCCUGCCUUCUUCCACCUCCCUCCUCACCACACCACAGCCAGCACAAUGGCCUUUGAAAGCUUGUUCUCCAAACCCCCAAACCCAAUUCUUGACCCAAACAUGCCCGACUCUGACAGGCAACAUGCAGGGGACGAAAGGGAAGAUGGAGAGCUAGAAGAUGGUGAAAUAGAUGAUGCAGCCUAUGAAGAUGCGAGAGAACAUGGUACAAAAGGUGAUGAUAAACAGAAAAAUGAAAAGGGACAUCGAAAAUCACGGAAGAAACGCAAAAAAGAAAAAGAAAAGAAAAAAUCCAAAAGGAGGAGACGGGAUAAGCAUAAGCAUAACUCUCCUUCCAGUGAUGACAGUUCAGACUACAGCCAUGACUCUGAUAUUGAGCGUUCAGAAAGACCACAUAAAAAGAGUAGCAGCUCUUCAUACAGAGAUUAUGAUUCUUCCUUCAGUCAGCAUGGACACCUAUCAGGAAAUUACAUGAGUUCACAGAAGAUGCAACAUAAAAAAAAUGUCAAAAGUAAGGAAUACGAUGACUAUAGUCAUUACAGUGAUGAGAACUUUGGGAAUUACAAUGAGGAAGAAAAAGAAGAAGAUUUUGCUGAUCAGCUCAAACAGUACAGACAAGCUAAAGAGACCUCUGGUGCUGAUUUAGGACCUCCAUUCCCAAAAGAACCAGUGAAAAAACAGGGAAUGAAAGGGAUCCAGAAAGGUAUUUCUCAAAGAGGUAAUAAUUACAAUAUUGGUCGAGGGCGUGGAAUGCAAAAGAAAUUGAAGCGUAAGGAUCGUGGAAGGGGAAGAGGGGGCAAUAAAGGGUCUGAUGGCUUUCAUGAGGAUGGCAAACCAGUGAAGAAAUGGGUUAAUAUGAGUCAGGAGUUCAUCAAUCAGCAUACAGUGGAGCACAAAGGCAAACAGAUUUGUAAAUAUUUCCUUGAAGGGAGGUGUAUCAAGGGAGAGCAAUGUAAAUUUGAUCAUGAUGCAGAGAUUGAAAAAAAGAAGGAAAUUUGCAAGUUUUAUAUACAGGGUUACUGCACCAAAGGAGAGAACUGCAUUUAUUUGCACAAUGAAUUCCCUUGCAAGUUCUACCACACAGGAGCAAAGUGCUAUCAAGGAGAUAAGUGCAAAUUUUCUCAUGCUCCUCUGACUGCAGAAACAAAAGAGCUGUUGGAUAAGGUUUUGAAUAAUGAGGAGGAGCCACAAAAUGAAGAUGAGAAAGAACUGGAGGAACUCAGAAAGCGUGGCAUAGUUCCUCUCCCUAAGCCACCACCAGGUGUUGGACUUCUGCCAACCCCACCAGAGCAAUAUCCCUUUUCAGAGUCUGACAUAGAGAAUUAUCAAGAUCCUUCAGGAGACUAUAAGAAGAUCCCUUCUCUCUUUGAAAUAGUUGUGAAGCCUACUGUGGAUUUAGCACACAAAAUUGGGAAAAAGCCUCCAACCUUCUAUAACAGCGCAUCACCCCCGAGACCACCAUUCCAGGGAAAUGAUCCACAUGCUCAACAUAUGUAUAACCCAGGUUCCAGUCCAGGGCCGGGACCUGGCAUGUCACAGGGACAUAAUGGGCCACCAAUGCACCCAGGUUCACCUGGCCAUCAUCCAUGUGGAGGACCUCAAGGUCCUGGUAUGCCACAGAGUCCUCCUAUGCAGGGUGUUCCACCAGGCUACCUGGGCCCGCAGAAUCAGACUGGUAUGCCUAUGCAAGGGCAGCAGGGUGGCCCGCCUCUCACACCCCCAGGUCUUGGGGGAUCUUACAAUGCCCCAGGAGUUCAAGGACAUAUGGUGAACAUGCCAAGAGAAAAUCAUUGUCCUCCAGGGCCACAAUACCAGCAGAUGCCUGGUGACCGGCAGCCCAAUAUGAAUUAUGAGCCCAUUCAGAACCCAGCUGAUUUCUACGACAAUUACUAUUCUCAUCAAGCUGUACAUAACUUCCAGCCUGCUAAUAACUCUGGUGAUGGAACAUGGCAUGGAGAAUUUACAGAUCAUCAAGCUCACCUCAUGGCUCAAGAGUCACAUCAAGGUGGAAGUGAGUCAGACUGCAUGAGUAGCCAUAUGGGCCAUAAAUCAGCCAUGAACGUACCGGAUUUCCUGCCGGCAAUGCAGAAAGCUCUUUAUGCAAGACUUAGUCAAAAGCAUCAAAGAGAUGGAGACUCUGUCAGCAGCCAGGGUCAGAGGUCAAUGAGCAAAGAUGAAGAUGACAAUGUCAACUGGUACUCCAGUAGUGAAGAGGAAGAGGGGAGCAGUGUUAAAUCCAUACUAAAAACCUUAAAGAAACAGAGCGAAAACUUCAGAAAUCGGCAGCAACAUUCCUCAGAGCAGCACAUGCUCGGUAUUCCUACUGACCCAAGGCUGUCCAAGGAAAAGGGCUCAGGAUCUCAGGUUGCUGACCCAAGACUUCGGGCUUCCCCAAGGUCCAACUCUAGAAAACCCUCAGAAUCUGUGUCCUUGGACCCACGGCUGGUACGAGAUCCCAGGAUGCACAAGGUCAACGAGAGUGGUCAUGCCAGCUCAUCCCUUGGUGGGGCAAAGCUUGAUGUACACCACACUCACACUGGGGUUAAAGUCAAGCAAAAAGGGAUGGAUGAUGAUGAAGAGGACUCUGAAAGAGAGCUGAGAGAACGAGCUUUCCUCAUACCCUUGGAGCCUUUGCCUGGCGUCACGUUAAGGGAUCCGCGAUCUCAGCUCAGGCAGUUCAGCCACAUUAAGAUGGAUGUUACCCUGAUGAAGCCAAACUUCGCAAAGCACAUUGUGUGGGCACCCGAAGACUUGCUCCCAAUUCCUUUGCCUAAGCCUGACCCUGUCUCUUCUAUCAAUUUACCUCUUCCUCCUCUCAUUGCUGACCAGAGACUUAAACUGCGGGGUCUGAAGAGUGAUACCCAUCCAAACACGAUGCCAGCUGACCCACGACUUGCUGCCAAGGCAAAAAACAACCUCACGGGCAGGAGCAGCUAUUUGGAUCCCUCUGUGGAUUCGCAUCCCACUAGCUCAAGCAAACUGGGGGAUCCUCGCUUACAAAAAAAUGUGGAUCCCAGGCUCCACAGACUGUCGAGUGCAGAAACACAUCAUGGAGCCACCAAGGAUUCCCACCCUGCGAAGUUUGACCCUCGCCUCACCAGAUCUGCUGCUGCCUCAUCCCAGCCUUUGGAAGCCGCAGCUGCCAAACCCGAUCCAGAUGCUCUGCCUCCCUACGCCCCCAAAUUAUCUUCGAGUGGUGUUAGGCUGGGAACUCCAAGCUCCAUACUCAGUGGUAUUAGUUUGUACGAUCCCAGGGAUCACAGCUCAUCCUCGGACACAGCUCCAGCUAGUUCAGGAGAGAAUGGAGAGAACCAGAAAAAAAGCAUUUUGAAAAACUCUGGUAAAAAUGAACCCAGCCUCUCAGAAGAUACAUCACUGCAAAAGGCCACUUCAAACGUGGAGAAAACUCCAGAAGGAUCUGCAGAAGCCGCUUUGGAUAAAGCAAACAGCACCAGUAAAUCUCAGGCUAAACACUCCAGCGCUGCACCUGCGGUGCAUAAUCUCCCCAUCCAAGCUUUAUCGGGGUUAAUCAGGCCGCAGUACAGCGACCCGCGGCAAGCCAAGCAGCCUGGACAGGUGGCUCAGACACAGGAGAGUGAUCCGAAUGGGGAGUCAGAUGACAAGUCCUUAAAAGAUGUUUUCAAGACUUUCGAUCCCACUGCUUCACCAUUUUGUUAGCAAUCGAUUUGAAACCUUUUUACCGUUGUGAAUAUUGCAGUUUUGUAACUGGUUUACCUCUUUGCUUUUAUUUAUUUUUAAAUUAUGAUUAUCAACACUUUUCAGCUGCUAAUCCCAGAACCACGCGCCGGAAUACAGUAUGCUCUAGUGUUUGCAAAGCUGUGGUAUUUUCUAUAGAAUACUUUUUCCAAUUUCAGGGAGACUAAUAAUUGACAUGUAGGAAAAAACCCAAACCAACCUUACCCAUGUAUCGUGUUAGAGCUGAUAAAAGCACUUUCAUUGUAAAUACUUCAUUACGGAAGUCCGAAGACCUGUAUAUGUGUGAGCUGUCUCUUUCAUAAACCACAUUUAGAUAUGAUUGACAUUUGUAUGAUUGUAUAGAACCAAGCAAUAUUAUGUACAUUACUGUGAGGGACGCUGACAAGGAUUGUCUGACGCAUCAAGCCAAACUGGUUUCAAACCCCGUGGAAAUGAUUGAAAAGGAAAACGAUGCUCCUUCUUUUCAGAUCAGCUGAUGGAAGACAUUGACAGUUUUUCUUCAUGCAGUCGAUAUUCUUAGUGUAAAAGAGACCUAUAUCACAUAUUGAGGAUUAAAAAUGUCAUAUCUUUUAAAAGUAUUUUAUUCUAUGCUGUAUAUAGAAGAAAUUGUGAAGUACAUAACUAGAGGGAAGUAACUGUUCAAAGUGGAGAAUACUUAAGUUGUCCGAUACGAGGAAAGAUUUUUAUUUAAUUUUUUUUCACGCAUACACAAUUCUGAGUAGUGCUCUGAGUUACCUUGUGGUGUUCCUGUAUUUCAAUGUAUUUUUGUAUCCAGCCACUUAAUUUGUAUUGCUUUUUUUGUAUCGCUGUAACUGCAGUACUUGUAUUCAUGGUGUCUCUAUGACAUUUUUAACAAAACAAUUAAAAAGGGUACAGAUAAA